ACCCGUUCUGGGUGAGACUUCGAUAUUUUUGUUUCGGCUUCUUCUGGUUCGCGUUUGUCAUGCUGGCAGUGUCUGUGGUGUUCCUCGUCGUCACCGCACCUCGCUGUCGCAACGUCGAGUGGUGGCAAGAGGGACCAAUGUAUGGAGUGAUCGCCCGUGACUUGCGGAAAGGCAACACUUCCGGUGCGGAUGGCCUGUCAGGCAUUGAAUCUAAGUUGGAUUACAUCGUGGAACUUGGAGCCAAGACGAUAUGGCUGUCUCCGAUAUACAAGUCUCCCAUGAAGGACUUCGGCUACGAUAUCGAAGACUUCAAAGAUGUUGAUGAGAGCUUCGGCACUCUGCAAGACUUCAAAGAUUUGGUGCAGGCGAUGAAAAAUAGAGGUCUGAAGUUAGUGAUGGACCUGAUACCGAACCACUCCAGCGAUCGGCAUGUGUGGUUCCAGAAGUCGGUCUAUAAGGAGGAUCCUUAUACACACUACUACGUGUGGGCUCCUGCGAAAGGAUAUGAAGAUGGCAAACCGACUCCUCCCAACAACUGGUUGAGUGUGCUCGGAGGAUCAGCUUGGGAAUGGAACGAAGAUAGAAAAGAAUUCUACCUGCACCAGUUCGCCAAGGAGCAGCCUGACCUCAAUUUCCGUAACCCUGAGGUCAAAGAGGAAAUGCUGGACGUGAUGAGAUUCUGGCUGGAGCUGGGGCUGGACGGGUUCCGGGUAGACGCCAUGCCGCACCUGUUCGAGGACGAGGAGCUACGGGACGAGCCACCUGUCAAUUUGACCGCUGUCCGGCAGGGGGACUAUCGCGGACUCGAGCACGUGCACACGCACAACCUCCCCGAAGUGUUCAGUGUCAUGGCCGAGUUCAGGAGCACUUUGGAUGCUUACUCGGAACGAACCGACAAAGUACGCAGACUCAUAAUGGCUGAAAUAUACGAUUCAGUCGAAAAGACUGUGGAAUAUUAUGGUGAUCAACAGCGUCCACAGGCAGACUUUCCCUUCAAUUUUUAUCUUAUGACUAACAUCCAAAGAGAUUCUUCAGCUCAUGACAUUAAGAACACAAUAGAACUGUGGAUGAGCAACCUACCAGAGACAAAGUGGACAAACUGGGUUCUGGGGAACCACGACCACGGUCAAGAGGCAUCGGGGCUCGGAGGUGACCUAGUCGACUGUCUCAACAUGAUUUUGCUGAUGCUACCCGGAACGGCCGUCACCUACCACGGCGAGGAACUUGGAAUGGAGAACACACCCGUGCCGUGGGACGCGAGUGGAGUGAGCGCUAAUUACAAGGACAGCCUCGAUCAAAAUUCAGACGAGACGUGGUCACAACUCCACGCUGACAUCAAGACGUCGCAGAAGCCAGAUCACUUAAACAUUUAUAAAGCUCUCGUACGAGCGCGAAGAGACCUAUCCAUCAUGUACGGGGACCUGGAGAUGAGGGUGCUCAGUGACUCUGUGUUUGCCUUCACCAGGUCGCGAGCGGAAAGCAGGAGCUACGUGGUAGCUGUCAAUUGGAGUAACCGCUCGCUGACGGUGGAUCUGGGUGAGUUUGGUGAAAUUCCAGAAGUCGCUGAGGUCUACGUCACAAGCGUCAACUUCAGAGGCGCCUCUUCAAAGACAAUACAAACAAACUCCAUUCUACUUGAAGCAAGAGCUGGAGUAGUUCUUUCAUACAUGCCAGAGGCAAGAUACUGAUUUAUAAAACAGCUUUGUAUGUCGUGUUGUAAUAAAUAUCAGCUAUUUAUUUGUCAA